UUCAGGUUCACUUUCUCGGCGACUUCGCAUGGAAAAACGUCCACGAAAGUGUCAGUCACCACGAGAACUAUGCCGCUGAUAUCUUCGGAAAUUUACUUGGUGACGAGUCAGGACGACACGAAAUCAUUGACUUUGCGCUACACACCGACACCAUCCGCAGUUUCAGUUUUGGAAAUGUAUCGGUUCCAGCUGUCUGAAGACGAACGUUCAUCGAGAGAGAAGAACCGGGAAGACCCGGACAGAAAAAUUGUUUGGACCGACCUUGUUCCUGGUCGACUUUACAAUGUCACGUGCUGGACCGAAGCAGAUGGCAUCAGCUCCAAACCUUUGGUCAAGCAAAGCAGGCAAUAUCCUGAUCCAAUUCAAGAUCUUCGAGCCACGGACGUUUCAGAUGACUACGUGAAGUUGACUUGGACGGCGCCGAAAGGCGAUCAUGACGCGUUUGAGGUUCAGUACCUGGCGGACGGUGCGUUGUUGAGGAACGAAACCCCGACGAACGAAAUCAACAUACUGCUGCUGAAACCGCAUCAAAAUUACACUUUCACCGUAACCGUUUUAUCCGGUACUCAAACGAAAACGUUUCUUAAACAGUCUUUGCCGGUUUCCGCCACAUUCACGACCGAAGAGUCUGUCCCGGGGAAGGUAACAAGUUUCCACCCGAUCAACGUGACGCCGAACACGAUCACGUUCAAAUGGGAUUUGCCGAGUGGAGAACAGAAUGGAGUUCUUCAGGGAUUCAAAAUCCGUUACGGCAAGAAACGAAAGACGAGUGCGUCGGAUGUGCUUGAGGAGAAGCAUUUUGAUGCCACCGAAACUCAAGGCACCCUUUAUGAAUUGGAACCCGGAACCGUGUACAUUUUCAAAAUUCAAGCCAGAACUUCGAUCGGUUACGGAUCUGAAGCCAUUUGGGAACAAGGAAUGCCUGUUUGGGGCAAGUAUCCAUCUCUCUCUCCUCCUAAGCCGACGGACCAAGUUUUCCCGACAGAAGUUUCCAGGAGCACGGCGACCAUUCAAGUGCGGUUUAGACAGAAUUAUUUCUCAAACAGCAAUGGAGAGGUUGUUGCGUAUGCAAUCAUUGUGUCGGAAGAAGCGGUGAAAGACGAGCUUGCGCUUGGACUCGGUCCGAGAAGAGAUGAAUUGCCUCGUUGGCAAGACGUGCAGGGUUUCAACGCCUGGCCUCCGUACCAGGUGAACGAGCCGUACAAUCCCUUCAAUGGGACGAAAGUCGCAGAUUUUGUGGUUGGCAUUGAAGAAAAUUGUUUCGGAGUAAAGAGAGCCGGACAGUUCGAGCGUCGUUGCUGCAGUCGUCAUCCCAUUGACUCUGGUUCUGCUCGGCAUUGGGAUCGUCGGCAUUUUUUGGCAGCGAGGGACCAUCACAUGAAGCACCAUCACCGAGGUGGAAUGCUUGCCGGUGUAGUGGGCGUCGUGGGAGGCCCGGGUUCCGGAAAGGACGAUGCCGUGUCGUUGCCGGACUCGGUUAUUGUGACGACUCGUCCUGUGCCUUUGAAGGACUUCGCUGAGCAUUAUCGCAUCAUGGCUGCCGACUCGGAUUUCCGAUUUUCCGAGGAAUACGAAGAGCUGAAGCACAUCGGAAGAGAUCAGGCGUGUACUGCCGCAGAUUUGCCCGUGAAUCGUCCGAAGAAUCGAUUCACGAAUAUUCUUCCGUACGACCAUUCGCGGUUCAAAUUGCAGCCAACUGAUGACGAAGAUGGCACAGACUACAUCAACGCCAACUACGUUUCCGGUUACAAUUCUCCUCGUGAAUUUAUUGUGACACAAGGCCCAUUGCAUUCGACACGAGACGAUUUUUGGAGAGCUUGCUGGGAAAGUGGAUCCAGGGCGAUUGUCAUGUUGACGAGAUGCAUCGAGAAAGGGAGAGAAAAGUGCGAUCAUUAUUGGCCUUACGACACGCAGCCCGCUUACUACGGGGACAUACAGGUCAUUGUGUUGAAUGAAAGUCAGUAUCCCGACUGGACAAUCCGGGAAUUCAAGGUUACCAGGGGUGAUUCCUCGAGGAUGAUGAGGCACUAUCACUUCACGACGUGGCCUGAUUUCGGAGUCCCUGAACCGCCGCAAACUUUGGUCCGUUUUGUCAGGGCGUUCAGAGAAAGAGUCGGACCUGAACAAAAGCCCAUCGUUGUGCAUUGCAGUGCUGGAGUCGGAAGAAGCGGGACAUUCAUAGCACUGGACAGACUGCUGUUCCACAUAAAGAAAGAAGACUACGUGGACAUAUUCGGGAUGGUGUACGAGAUGCGUAAAGAACGCGUUUGGAUGGUGCAAACUGAGCAACAGUAUAUUUGCAUUCAUCAAUGCCUCCUUGCUGUGUUAGAGGGCCGAGAAAACGUGAUGCCGUUGCGCGAAAUACACCAGAACGAGGCCUUCGAAGAACAGUCCAAGUCAGAGGGACUAGUUGGUGCUGGCCUGGGUGAUAUGGCCCGACCUGCAGAAAAGUUGAGCAUCAACCAGUCAGGAGCUCUGACAGCCACUGGUUUCAUCUGGUCGAGGUAUUCGUUGGUCAUUACCCCGAAGAACUGGAGUUUGUUCGCAGUCAACUUCUUUGUUGGACUGACUGGUCUCUAUCAGGUCGUCAGAAUUUACAGGUACAAUCAGUCAAAAAAGACAGAAGCUUGAUGGCAUCAUCAAGGCCCUGCGUGGAACUUUAGGUGAAUUUAGGCGUCUAUGCAAAAUUUUGCAAUCUACCUAAACUGAGUCAUUCCUCAAAAGGGUUCCUGAGGGAUCUGUGAUGGUCAAAAGCGGGGAAAUCUUCGUAGACCCAUGAUUUUCCUCGUGGUGCAAUUAUAAAAUUAAAGUUAAUCCCUGUUUAACGUUUUUUUUAAAGCGGGUCUUUCGUAUGAGGGGUACUAUAGGGGAUUCAAUGAAUCUUGUUGUUCAUUUGUUGCAUGUCUUAUAUUCCGGUGAAUGAUUGAUUAAAAACAAUAUUCAUACUC